CAGACUUUUCGUGCAUAAACUCUAAUAUGCUGGCGAGAAAAAAGCUUAGCUAUAAAGAUUCAACUCUUAAGUAUUACGAAGUGUAUCGAAAACGUUAAAGUACCAAUAUAACCAUGGUUAAACUGAUCGCUGUUACUGGCGCCACUGGAAACCAAGGUGGAUCGGUCGCAAAACGUCUACUCCAGUUUCCAAGAGAAUAUAAAGUACGAGCUCUAACUCGCAACCCCGAUUCUCCAGCUGCAAAGAAACUUCAAGUGCUGGGAGCCGAAGUUGCGAAGGCUGACUUGACUGUUCCAUCCUCCCUGGAAGUCGCUUUGCGAGGGUGCUGGGGUGUAUUUGGUGUUACAAACUUUUAUGACUCGAAAAUAAAGGACGAUCCGGGCAGUGAAGAGCAACAAGGUAAAAACCUAGUUGAUGCAUCAUUGAAAGAGGGAAUACAAUGUUUUGUCUGGAGUACACUACCUAGCUCCGCCAAACUCUCUGGAGGGGAGCUGGUCUCUAGGAUCUACGAAGGCAAGCAUCACGUCGAUGAUUAUAUUCGCGAGACAGAUCUACCCGCCACCUUUCUGUACACGGGGAACUUCCUGGAAAAUAUGAUAUAUCGAAACCACGUCCGUUAUGAAGCAAAAAAAGAUAUUUUAGAGUUCCAUCAAGCGAUAAUCAGAUCAGAUACGAAACUAGCUAUGCUUUACGUGGAAGAAGAUCUCGCCGACAUAGCGAAGGCAAUUUUUGAUAAAUGGGAGACUCAGAAAGAACAAAUUAGACACGCUUAUCUAUAUGCGUCAAACGGCAGGUUCUCGCCUAAUGAUAUUGUUGGUAUUAUCGAGAAGGUCUCUGGUCGCCGUGCUAUUUACAAUGUACUACCAACAACGGGGGUUGCAGAUCGUGAUAUCAUGUUUGAACUAUACAACCGUGUCGGAAUGUACCCCGGCAAGGACAUUCCAGAUCAAGCCGUUCUCGAUUUGGGGGUGGGUUUUCACAGUGUUGAGGAGUUUAUACGGGACAAACUCCUCCCUCAUUUAGGGCUGAAUCCUGUCAAUUGAAGAUCCAAAAAUAGAGAUUAAUGCUUAUAUGAUGAACACCAGAUUUGCUGGCAUGUAA